AUGAAGCAGCAAUCGCAGCUGGUGCAGCAGGUGCAACCAGAGCGGAAGGAGAAAUGCUCGCCUGUGUUUGUGAAGGGCGAUCCGCCGGAUUUGCGCCUGAAAAUUCGCCAGUUAAUCGCUAAAGGGCUGAAAUUUGCCGGACAACGGGGAUCCAGUUUCACACCUUAUCCCAUCGGAACAUACAAUAUGCAAGACACACGACCAGUUCCAGCAUUCCGGUGCGACCAGAUCGAAACCAGUAAGCUAUCCAAAGAGUGGAAGACCUGGAAGGAAGCGCUGCAGUGUUAUUUCGCUGCUUACGAUAUAACCGAUCAGUAUGCGAAGAAGGCCAAGCUCCUGCAUCUGGGAGGUCCUGCUCUGCAGGUUGUGUUCAAGAAUCUUAAGGACCACGACCAUGUUCCUUUGGUAACAUUAGAGCCAAAGUGGUAUGAUUGUGCUAUUGAGAAGUUGGACGAGUUUUUCGAACCUCGACAUCAGAGUACAUCAGAACGACGGAAGCUACGUUUGAUGAAACAAAAAGCAGGUGAACGCUUCGCUGAUUAUGUCAUUCGGUUGAAACAGCAGGUAGCACAGUGCGGUUUCGAAAAAUACGGCGUAGAAGUGAGCCUUAUUUUGAGCGAGAUCUACAUGAUUGAUGCUGUUGUUGAAGGCUGUGCAUCCAACGAAGUGCGGCGAAGAAUUCUCCUGAUGGAUUUGUCCUUCACGGAAAUCGAAGCUUUGGGAAUCGCACAGGAAAGCGUAGAGCAGCAGAUAGAGGAAAUUGCUACCGGCCAACCGCCGGAGAAAGUGUUUAAAGUUGAGCAGUCUGGAAAAUUCAGAGGAAAGUUUCCGUUGGGUGGUACAAAACCGACAGAUAGGUCUUGUUUUAACUGCGGUCGUUUGGGACAUUUGGCUGCGUCGCCAAUUUGUCCAGCACGUGGAAAGCAAUGCCGGAACUGCAAGUGCUACGGACAUUUUGAGAAGCUGUGUCGGAAGACGAAACGAUCUGUGGAAAGGAAUGUUGAGAAAGUAAUCAGAGCGGUCGAAGAGGGUCCCAACCCGGAAGUGUCGAAGAAAGAACCCGAGACGAACGAAGCAAAAGUGUACUACGCGUUUUACUCGGGAAAUGAGUCUUAUGCCAUCGAGUGUGUCGUUGGAGGAUUUUCCUUGGACAUGCUGGUCGAUUCCGGCGUAGACUCCAAUCUUGUCAGCGGCACAAUGUGGCAGAAGAUGAAAGAGAAAAAUGUAAUGGUGUUUUCUUCAGUGAAGGGAAGCUCCCGAAUCUUACGGGCAUAUGGCAACACGGACCCACUAGUGAUUCAAGGAUCUUUCGUGGCGGAUAUUUCUGUCAUUCGCGCGGAGUUCUUUGUUGUUGAAGGGGGACAGCGAUGCUUGCUCGGAGAUCAGACAGCUAAACAGCUGGGUGUCCUAAAAGUCGGUAUGAACAUCAAUAGCGUGGAAAUGAGUCCGUUUUCCAAGAUGCAAGGUAUAACAGCAAAGAUACUGAUGGACCCGCAAGUAAUCCCAGUGUACCAGCCGAUGCGAAGAAUUCCUGUGCCUCUAGAAGAAUCAGUCGACAGAAAGCUGGAUGAAUUAUUAAGGCGGGACAUAAUCGAGGUAAAAACGGGACCAACUACGUGGGUAUCACCACUAGUCGUAGUGGGGAAAACAAACGGCGAGCCUCGACUAUGCCUCGAUUUACGAAGAGUCAACGAAGCGGUUUUAAGAGAACAUCACCCUAUGCCUUCUGUUGACGACUAUUUAGCAAAGCUGGGCCGCGGGCGUAUUUGGAGCAAGCUUGACAUCAAAGAAGCGUUUCUCCAAAUAGAGAUUGAAGAAGACUCUAGGGAUGCGACGACCUUCAUCACGCGACGCGGCUUGUUUCGCUUCAAGCGUUUACCUUUCGGGUUAGUAACCGCUCCGGAGCUCUUCCAAAAAGCAAUGGACGAGAUACUAUCCGGUUGUGAAGGGACGGUCUGGUAUCUGGACGAUGUCCUCGUAGAAGGCAACAAUCUUCAGGAACACGAUGAACGUUUGGACAAGCGGACGGCGAAAACUGUGGCCAAGCGUGAAAGGAUUUCGAUAAACGGCUACUCCAAGCCUACGCUGUGGAUCACGUGUCAGUGGAUUGCAGUACCGGCCACCGGACCCCAUGUGUACCAGUUUACGAACAAAUUUCCUUGUCUCCGUCACAGUGAAUUGGCCACGUUCGGCCAGAAAAGACAGGUGGAAAAGUGCCCCAGAACCCCUGGAAGUGUCCUCACUGAGCUGUGUUCUCAGAAGACUAUUUUCGGCGAGUCCCGUGCUGGCGGUCGUUGUGCCUGA